AUGCCGGUGGGCAUCAUAGUUUAUCUCUGGAAUGAGAGAGGCCAGCCCAAAGAAAAUGUUAAAACCCCAGAACAAAAGCCCACUAAGAAUCUGAACCUCUCGCAGGAGACAAUUGAGAGUGAAAUGGCGGAGGAUAGUAAUAAGAAAGAGUCAACACUAAUACCGAGUUCUUCGAAUUCGCCGCGUCACACACAAGACGUUGAAAUUGAAGAUCCCGACGAUCCCGUCAAAUCUCCUCCUAAUUCCGCCAAUAAUUCCUCUACUCGAAAGGCUUGCUAUGCUGUUCUUCAGAGUUGGGUGUCCAAGAAGUUUAUGACAGGAUGUGUUGUUCUCUUUCCUGUUGCUGUUACAUUUUUCGUCACUUGGUGGUUUAUUCAGUUUGUUGAUGGUUUCUUCAGUCCUAUAUAUGAAAGGCUUGGCAUUGAUAUAUUUGGUCUUGGGUUCAUCACAUCAUUAAUAUUCCUUUUCUUUGUGGGUAUAUUUGCUUCCUCAUGGUUGGGUGCCACAGUUUUCUUGAUAGGAGAAUGGUUUAUAAAGCGUAUGCCUUUUGUCAAACACAUAUACUCAGCUUCCAAACAAAUUAGUUCUGCUAUCUCUCCAGAUCAAAAUACGACAGCUUUCAAGGAAGUUGCCAUCAUUCGUCAUCCUCGCAUUGGAGAAUAUGCAUUUGGUUUUAUUACAUCAUCUGUAGUUCUUCAGAGAGAUGAUGGGGACGAGGAGUUAUGCUCUGUUUACGUCCCAACAAAUCAUUUGUACAUAGGGGACAUAUUUCUGGUUAAUUCGAAGGAAAUCAUUAGGCCAAAUUUGUCUAUCCGUGAAGGCAUAGAGAUCAUUGUGUCCGUUGGAAUGUCAAUGCCACAGGUGAUUUCUCCCUUGGAAAGAAUCACACACCAGAAUAAUAUGAUCCCUCUGAACAGAGUGAUGUAG